AUGAGGAUAGUUUUGUACAUUUUCACGUUUUUUAUUGUUAUGGUUUUGCAUACUGCGAAAGUUGGGGCAAGAAAACCGCCUAGAAGAAACUCAAACCAUGGGCAAACUACCAAAAAGUAUAAUGCAAAUCACGAAUUUGAUAAGUUGUGCCUCCAAGAACACAAUAAAUACAGAGCAAUUCAUCAAGCCCCAUCACUCAAGAUCAACUCAACGCUAUACAUAUUUGCUCGAUCAUGGGCAAGGCGACUUGCCAUUCUUGACGAUACAAGCAACGUUACUCAUCGACCAGGCAGAGACUUCGGAGAAAACAUAUAUUGGAUGACCUACAGUAAACAGCCUUAUGAACAGUAUGCAACACUGGCAGUAAAUUUGUGGUAUGAUGAAAACAAGAACUACAAUUACGUUUUUGGUGGUUACUCAGCUGCCACCGCUCACUUUACGCAGUUGGUAUGGGCAUCAACCAAUACUAUGGGAUGUGGCUACGACGUAUCCAAGAAAGGAACGAUAUUUGUUGUUUGCAACUACAAUCCCCAUGGGAAUAUUCCGGGAGCAUAUCAAAAAAAUGUCAAACCACCCAAGAGCUAA